AUGUCUGAAUCUAAAUUCGAUGCAUCUUUAAACUUAUUGAGAAGACUAGAUCCACAAUUAAUAAAUGAAAAUCUAACAAAUAUAUGUUCAAUUCUUCAAUCUUCAAAAAUUGAUGAAGAUACAGAAAUAGUUGAAGAUUUAUUAUCAUCAGUUGAUAUACCACUUUCAAUACAAAAAUGUCAGAAAACCGGUAAAGAUUAUUUGUGUUGUGAUUAUAAUAGAGAUGGUGAUAGUUAUAGAUCUCCUUGGUCCAAUGAAUACUACCCUAAAGAUCAAGAAGAUGAAGAAGAUCAACCUUUUCCAAGUCCAAAUCUUAGACAAUUAGAAAUUAAAGCAAAUGACGCUUUUGAUAUAUAUAGAGAUUUAUAUUAUGAAGGUAGUGGAUUAUCAUCAGUAUAUUUUUGGGAUACUUCAGAAGAAGACGACGAUGCUAUAGACGAAGGAUUUGCAGGAGUUAUAUUAUUUAAAAAACAAACAAAUGAUAAAUUAGGUAAAUGGGAUUCAAUACAUGUAUUAGAAGUUAUAAAAGAAUCUUCAAAAAAAUAUAAUUAUAAAUUAACAACUUCAGUAAUAUUAGAUUUAUCAUCUACUAAACCAAAAUUAAAUUUAUCAGGAAAUUUAACAAGACAAUUUGAAAAUAGCAUAAGUAUCGAUGUCUCAAGUGGUGUUAAUUUAGAAACUAAUCAUUUAAUUAAUAUUGGUCAAAUUAUUGAAAAAUCAGAAUAUAAUAUUAGAAAUAUUUUACAAGAAGUUUAUUUUGAUAAAUUAAAAGAUAUAAUGUUAAAAGAUUUAAGAAUUAUUGAUAAUUCGAGUUCAAAAUAUAAUGAAAAUCAAAAAGAUAUUAUAAAAGGUUUAAAAAAUUUAUAA